AUGGCGGUAGAUUACAAGAGGUAUCUUGCUGAGAAUGUCCUCAGCGAACGUCGCACCGUCACUUAUCGGCUGCUCAGUCGAACGCUGAAGGUUCACAGCCAUCUAGCUAAGCAGAUGCUGUACGACUUUCAUCGCACCGAGAAUGCGAAGAAACCGCAGAGCGUGAAUGCAACGUACCUCAUCACCGGGGUCCGGCGACCACCGGAAAAGUCGACGGCGAACGGCGUGAAAAAGGAUGAUGAUGACGAGGUCAUGCAAAGCAGCCCAUUUAUGAGCACGAUGCCCCAGCCCGAGGAUAUUGAGAAGCCCAUCCGGACAACGUCCUUUGUGCUGGCCAGAGAAGAAGAUCUGGCAGAUGCCAAGGCCACUUUUGAAUCUAUUUCGUCAAUCCACAUCUAUAGUCUACAGCCAAACACAUUACAGGACUUGAACGUUCUGAUAGACGUCGGGCGUGAAAUCGUCACCACCUACGGUCAUGAAGAUCCAUUGGAGUUCGGCAAGCAAUGGGGCAUGAUACAGAAUCCCCACGUCAAGCGGAGGAAGGGUACAAUGCCACCCCCGCCUGCUGCUCCAGCCACGACCGCACCCUCGAAACCAGCAGCAGCUGUCACGAAGCCGGUUCCGAAAAAGGAGGAAUCGCCACAGCCAAAGAAUGAGAGCGAACCUGAAGUGACGACAUCAAAGCCGGCAUCACAAAAGGCUCAGCCUCGGGACCAAAUAAAAUCGACAAAAAGCUCCGCGCCUGCGCAGCGACAAAAGUCCGACUUAUUUACGUCUUUUGCAAAAGCUAAACAGAAGCAGAAGACCGAAGAUUCGACCGUCUCCGCAGCUUCUGGAGCGGAAUCUGCGGAGCCGAGUGCUCCUGAAGAUGUUGUUUUCGACGAUGAUGAUGAUGCGUCUGAGGAAGAACGCGAGGAUCUCUUCCUGGAUACAGGAGAGCGGAAGAUCAAUAACAGCCGCGAAUCCCGGAAAGAACGGGAAGAGAAGCUGAGGAAGAUGAUGGAAGACGACGAUGAAGACAUGCCUGAUGCACCCACUCCUGCAGACGCACCUGCUCCGGAGGAAUCGAAACCGGCAGAGCCUGAAACGAAGCCCGAACCAAAGGAGGAAAUCACUGUUCAGGGCGGUCGUCGCAGAGGCAGGCGGCAAGUCAUGAAGAAAAAGACAAUCAAAGACGAGGAAGGCUACCUGGUCACGAUUGAGGAGCCCGUGUGGGAGUCGUUCUCUGAAGAUGAACCCGCGCCGCCCCCGAAAAAGAAGCCAGCCGUCAGUGCUUCAGGAACGUCGAAGGGCAAAAAGACUGGACAGGGAAGUAUCAUGUCGUUCUUUUCCAAGAAGUGA